UACUUGGGGAACGUUCACUUGUAGUCAAAACAAAAAUGAAGGUUUUGCUGAUAGUUGCCGUUGUUGUACUGGCUGCUGCUGCGGAGGACGUAGAUGAGUCAAAAUUGGUUCCUCUGCCAGAAGAAAUAGGAAAGCUUCUAACUGUUAAACAAGAAUGUGCGAAAAAAAUUGCUAUUAGCGAGGAAACGCUGAAGAAAUUGGAGACUGAUGAAUUUCCGGUAACAGAUGAGACAGAAGCACAAGCCAGGUGCUUCUUAGAAGGAAUCGGCAUUUUGAAUGACGAAGGCAAAUUCGACAAAGAGGGAUUUGUCCUGAGCUUGGAAUCGUUAAUUCCCGAAGACAAGAUACAAGAAAUCGUUGACAAAUGCUACGAUGAAGAAGGAACAGCUCUAGAGUUGAGUAAAUGUGUAAAGCAAGAACUAGAUGCGAUAGCGUCAGGAUGAGGAGAUGUGCGAUUAACUUAAUUGUUAUAACGAAUGAUACUUCAUCAAUAAAGUGGGUUUGAUAAUAUUCA